CCUGUUUUGUGCUCCUGAAGGUUGAACCAGAAGCGAAAGUAAGUCGCUGUCAGGAGGAAACUCAGCCCAGUUUUUGUGGGAGCUCAGUUUUGUAGACAGCCGACAAGACUAAAAACCUUUGGUCACUGAAUAAGGAUGUCACUGACUAUGACUAAAGCCGAGGGGGUGACCGUGUUCACCGUCACCUCCAAUCCCAAAAGCAAGUGGCCGCUGCUUUGCCAGCUUCUGGGCACCUUGUGCUGGAGCCCAGUCUGCUCUGUGUCUCAGAGCUUGAAGCAGAAGAUAGGCAGGACUCACACAGUUCUGGGGACUCUGCAGAUUCUGGUUGGGUUAAUGAAUGUGGCCUUUGGGUGUAUCUUUAGGAGCGUGGGCAGCUUCUCCUACUGGCCACUUUUGGACAGCUGUUUUUGGUUGGGGGCUGGGUUUAUUGCAGCUGGCAUCGUGUGCAUCCUUGCCGAGAAGUUUCCCAGCAGUUGCCUGCUCAGCUUUACCAUCCUGGUGAAUCUGGUCAGUGUUGGACUGGCUAUUACUGCCACUGUAUUCUACUCAGUAGACUUAGUGUGGUUGCCUCAACGUUCCGAAUGUGAUCAAAGUUACCUGUAUGGAAAUGGAUAUGGCUAUUACAGGACCACACCAUCUCCUGAGAAGAAAACCCUGACAGAGGACUGUGAGCGCAAGGAGUACAUUGUCAAGCUGGUCAACAGAGGACUGGAUAUCCUGCUGAUCGUGUUGGCUGUCCUUCAACUUUGUGUCACCGUCAGCUCAUGUGUUCUGAUUCUGAAGACUCUGUGCAAGAAGAAGAAAGGAGACGACAUGGAAGAUCCUGAGCUUCACAAGCCCCUCGUGGAGGAAGUUCUCUCAAACCCCGCCUGUUAGAAACACUCAAUCUGUUCAUGUAAUUCCAAAUUUUCUAUCUAGCACCUUCCUUUCUUGCGAACUGAAAUGUUACCCUGUUGUUAUUAGAGAUGGCUGUAGUUACUGUCAAAAGGCAUCUCAUUAUAACAGUUUUUAUUAGUAGUAUUGUUACUGUAGACUCUUAUAAUCCUUCACGUGCACUGCAUAUUUGUAUGGAAUAACUUGUUUUGUAGACAUCAAAUAUAAAGCAUGAAAAUCAUGUGCCAUCACUUUUGUACAGGUCAUGUUUCAUGUUUUCUUUUUCCAGUAUGUUAAAGUCAGCAAAUAAACAGUAAGUGUGCAUUCAA